AUGCUGGCGAGGCCCCUCUCCCCCGAGGGGCCCCCGGGGGCCCCCCCCCAGGCCCCUCAAAGGGGCCCCCUUUUGACCCAAGAGCUGCCCCGCAGCUGCCUGGCUUUGGCCCUGCAGCAAGCUGUCCCCAGGGGCCCCCCAAACCCUCCUCAGUACCCUGGGGGCCCCCCUCUUCUGAGGGGCCCCUCUCCGGGGGGCCCCCCCCCUGGCCUGGCCUUCUUGGGCCCUGCCUUUCCCCCGGAGCUCAGCAAGAACUUGUGUGCGGCUUUUCUAAACACCAGCCCUUCUGGGGGGCCCCCCGGGGCCCCUGGGGGGCCCCCCGGGGCCCCCUUGACCUUUCUGCCGCUGUCGUUUUUGGCUGCUGCGCUGCCGGAAGUGCUGAGCGACGUGGAGUUCGUUGCGGCCCAUUUGCAGCUUGACCCUGACCCAGCAGCAGCAGCAGCAGCAGCAGCAGCAGCAGCAGGCAGCAGCAGCAGCAGCAGCUCGCCGCCCAGCGGCAAAGAAGAGGGGCCCCCGAGGGACAGGGGGCCCCUCCAGCCGCCCAUAGUUAGGAGGGGGCCCCCCAAGGCAGAUGUGCCCUUGGCGAGGCGCAGGCGGCUAGACACGCCCACUCAGCUGCAGCAGCAGCAGCAGCAGCAGCAGCAGCAGCAGCAAAAGCUGCAGCGGCUGCAGCUGACGCCCCCUGGGGGCCCCCUGACGCCGCUGCAGCGUUUUGGGGCGGGGACUCCGCAGCAGCCCGCAGCAGCAGGGGCCGCGGGCCACCUGCUGCUGCUGCGGUAUGCUGCAGCAGUGAGCAGCAGCAGCAGCAGCAGCAGCAGCAGCAGCAGCAGAGUCACAUGGGAUGAAGUCCUGAGGCCCGUUGCUGUUGAGACGCAGCAGCCAGGGCCCCCCCGGGGGGCCUCUGCUUCGGUCCCUCGGAGCCCGCUUGGCCCCCUCACGACUCCGAAGCAGCAGCAGCAGCAGCAGCAGCAGCAGCAGCAGCAGCAGCAGCAGCAGCAGCAGCAAAGGAUGCGCUGCGUCUUCGUUGGAGUCUCAGGGGUACUUCUUCAGGGGCCCCUCGAGGGGCCCCCGAGGCCCUCCUCGGCCCUUCCGGCCUUUCCUGCAUGCAGUGCUGCAGCAUAUGCGCAGCUGUGCUCCAUGAUCAGCAGCAGCAGCAGCAGCAGCAGCAGCAGCAGCAGCAUGCUUUCUGUGCUGCCGCCGCCUUUGCGGGCUGCUGCUGCUGCGCGGCUGCAGCCUGCGAACGCCUCGCCAGCAGCAGCAGCAGCAACAGCAGCAGCAGCACCGGCAACACCGGCACCAGCAGCAGCAGCAGCAGCAACACCAACGGCAGCAGCAACAGCAGCAGCAGCAACAGCAGCAGCAGCAGCAGCAGCAGCAGAUGCUGCUGGUCCUCCCGAGCUCAAGGAGACACAAGGGACAAAAAAGGGGCCCUCAAAAAUGAAGCGGCUUUUGGGGGCCCCCAGCAGCAGACAGCGAGCUGCUGCUGCUGCUGCUGCACGGCGGCUGCGCAGGCUGCUCAAGCAGCAGCAGCAGCAGCAGCAGCAGCAGCAGCAGCAGCAGAACAAGCGAGUUGCUGCUUUGCUGCUGGCAGCAGCUCAGGAGCAGCAAGGCAGCUGGUCCUCCGGCGACGAGUCCGCGGCACAUGAGGUUGAACUCAGCAGCAGCAGCAGCAGCAGCAGCAGCAGCAGCAGCAGCAGCAGCGAGGAUGAAGCAGAUCGGGAACUUCCGAGAGACACAAAUGGAACAAGCGGCGCUGCCUCAGCAGCAGUUCCCUCAUGUGCUGCCAUGGGGGCAGAAGCAGCAGCAGCAGCAGCAGCAGCAGAGUCAGCAGCAGCAGCAGCAGCAGCAGACGCAGCAGCAGCGCAGCUAGCUGCAGGGGCCCCCCCGGGGGCCCCCAAUCUCAGCACCCCCCCAGCAGAGUCUUCAGCUGCUGCCGAGGGGCCCCCCACAACUGGGGGCCCCCCUGCAGCAGCAGGGGGCCCCCCUGUUGCUGCUGCGGGGCCCCCCGGGGGCCCCCUUUUGCACAGGGGGCCCCCGGAGAACCUGCUGCGCUGCCGCUGUCGCUGCGGGACCCCUGGGCAGCAUUUGAGGAAGCAAAAGAGUGGCUGGAGUUGA